CGGCAGGGAGCAAGCACCGAACACUGAAGACAAAAAACCAGGUGUGGCAGCCGCAGCAUUGCAGCUUCCGAAGCAUUACCGAGUGAGAGGAGAAUGACGGCGAACCGUGCAUUGCUGCAGUCCAUCCGGGAGGACGAUUUUGUGGAGUAUUUCCUGUUCCCCGCCGGUUCCACCGAUCCCCAGGAUGUGCAACUGGAGAACAGUGACGCGAGCCUCGAGGUGCUGCUGCAGGACGUGAAUCGGAUUGCGGAAGAGUUCUGCCAGCAGUACAUCUGGCAUCGAGAUGCCUUUCACGUGGUUCCCCGACCGAACAACGACUCCCGGCUGUUGAUCGAAGUGGCCAACGGUAUCGAAGGAUCCCCGUUGGAUGGCACCAGCGGCAGCAGUACAGGAGCUCAACUACCAGCUCAUCUGUACGGGAUUUCCCACGUCGGUGACAACAUCCAGGACGAGUGGUUCAUCGUCGCACUGCUGUUCCACCUGACCGAGCGUCUGCCCGGACUGGCGGUACGUGUAAUCGAUGCCGAUGGUGAGUUCCUGCUGAUCGAAGCCGCCGAACAAUUGCCCCGUUGGGCCACACCGGAAACCUGCGAGGGCAAAGUAUUCAUCGUAAACGGAACGCUACGAUUGCUGGAAAGCAAGUUGGACGACGGAGGCAACCGUACGACGAACCCCGAUAUCGGUGCAGCACUGGAACUGGUGCGUGGUUCCGAUGGCACAAAGUACACCGUAAGCGAUGAGGUGAUACGCUGCAUCCGAGACCGGAUAGUGGACUUUCCGGGUAAAAUUACGGACCAUCAUCACCGGGCAACGGUGUACGUGCCAGUUGGCGUAGCGGCCGUUCUACGUGAGAAUCCACAGCUCGUCGCACCGGCAGUGCUCGCGUUCCGCAAUCGGGAUCCGAUCGAUCUGAAAGUUUGCCGAGCAAUGCGGUUCUUCCCACCGGAGUGUUGCGUGUACGCCAGCGUGACCUUCACCAAAUGCCUCUAUGCCAUGCUGUCCCAGAGCCGGUACCUGCCCGAUCGACGCACCGGUUGGACGAUUCCACCGGCAACCGAUCCCAACCAUAAGGCACAUCUGCUUGGUCUGAAGCUAGCCUGUGGCUUCGAGAUAUUGGCUUCGCAGGCCAAGGCUGCCCGUACCGAUUGGGAGUCGGAUAAGGGAUGGCAGGGAUACCGGGAAUCAUUGACCGCAAAAGGGUACUUCCGGGGCAACAUAGAGGGUUCGCAGGAGCACACGAAGCUGCUUGCGAUCGCUCGUGAGUAUUACGCGGAGCAUCGGGAAUCGAUGCGUUCGACGCCGAAGAUCGGUGAAGAGAUCGUCUCGAUAUUGCGCCGCAACGAGUGGGAUGUGGAGGAACUGCGGAAACAAGGUGAAGUGAUUCCACCGGCCGAUAGUGAUGAUUGGAUGAACAUUUCGCCGGAGGAGCUGGAUCGCAUGCUGACGGAACGGUAUGGAGCGAAAAAGUUGUUCUCACUUAACUGCAACGGUAACACAGAGCAGGCGGCGACAGAUGUGAGUGAAACGUUCACUUCGAUGGUGAGCGAGUUCCUGGAUCGGAAGAGCGAAUACGAUGGAAUUGUUGUAGAGCCGGAAGAGGCAAAGGGACCAACGGUAAAUCCGGCACUACUCCAGGGUGCUAAGCCUUCUCCGACCAAACCGAAGCGCACUCGGAGCAAAACGGCACGCGAUCGUAAGGGAGAUGCUGGUGCAACGUCACCAGGGACCGCAACCGGCGAUGAUGUCUCACCAUCUCACCAGCCAUCGUCCAACUCGGUCGAUUUUGAUGCCGGUGCGUUCGGGAUGCACGUGAAGAAUAUGCUCGAUCUGCUGAUACCGGAGGACCGAUGGGAUUCGUCGGAGGAGUCCGAGAUGAGCGAUUACAGCCAGGACGGGCAGGAUGAGUACGAGCGUAACCUCGAGGACAUGUCACCGACCCGGGUUAAUCGGGCCAUUCAGGGUGAGCUAAAGUCGUACAUGGACCAGAUGGAUCGAGAGCUGGCUGGUACGACGAUUGGGCGCAGCUUCGAGACGGCCAUCGGCCACGGAGAAGGAGAAGAAAAUGUGGAGCAAUCAACGACACAACCGGCAGCGGAUGAUUUCGACGAUAUUGAAACGUUUAAACCGGUCAACAUUGAUGUGAACACGCUGCGUAAUAUGAUGGAGAGCUACCAGUCACAGCUCGGUGGUCCCGGUCCGGCUGCCAAUCUGCUUGGUUCGAUGGGUGUUCAGAUCGCGAAGGGAGGAAGCGGUGGUAGCACCAAGCAAACGGAUGUUUAAAGGUCCCGGCGGCAGCUCGGCUUCCAGUUCCGCUUUUUGUUCGGUGGCCAAAUCGCACACAUUCAUAUCAUACACCCGCGCACCCGCAUCGUCGUAUCCCGCUUAAUUCCAUCCUUUCCACCGCUUUCUGCUGGUGGAAGCGUCCGCAUUUGCUUAUACCGAGAUUAGGAGGAGUUUAGGGCGGUUUUAGGAAGAUAGGCUUAGACGACAGACACCGAACGAGUGGCGAGGUGUCAGGUUAGGUAAGUUUAUGAUAAGAAAGGUUGAGGUUCAAUCAGGUCUCAGGUCAGUUUGUGAAAUGUUGGGUGAUGAUGCAGAUGCCGUUGGUUAGAUUGGAAAGAGUCUAUGCAUGUUGACGAAGUGGCAGAGUGACAGAGGAGGAGGAGAAUCCGAGGACGCGAAUCGUGUGCCAGAGAGAUCCGUGCUAGUAGCGCUCGCCUCUCGCCUCGUAGCUUUACGCAUACAGAGGGAGCAACUAUAAAUUUAUAAUUACUGUUUAAGAAGCCAUCUGGCCAGUGCCAGGUCACGAUCACAAUCUCUACAAUCGCAAUGCGGAUUAUUAUUGCUGGAAGACAAUGCGUUAAAGAAACGAGCCUCUUUUAUCUCUCGCUCGCGCUCGUUACCCUUCCCUCAAUGGUGCUAUAAGUGGUCUGUUGAAAAAGUAUGAGAACUGAAUUUUAUUAAAGGAAAAACUAUUAAUUUUGUUUUUUAAAAUCGAUUUUGUCCACAACAAGCUCCGUAUCAAAGUACUUCAUGUUUUGUCAACUAGUUCAGCGACUUCUAUGAUGGAGCCUUUACAAUCCUCAAACGAAACGUACCGUCUUUGCUUCAUUUGCGUUUCUGCAAUAAGAAAAAAAUCAUAGGAGACUAUGUUGGAGAUUCUUAGUAUUCUUGAUUAGUUUUGAUGAUUUUGGACGAAUUUUCCAGAAACAAUCUCGGAACUGAAUUCUAGAAGUCCUCUCUUAGGUUCAAAAUACGGAAAACAAUUGAAUUGCACAAGCCUAUUGAAUCGUGUUAAGUUCUUUUAUGUUGUCUUCCAUUACUGACGUACUAUGGCGCCCGUGCCACUAAUGCACUCAGUAUUUAAAACAAUUCCAUGACGCUCAAAACUGACACAAACAAUCGAACACACAUAUAAACAUAGUUCUCAGGAAUUCAACAGUCCUAAAUACAGCUUUGAACAGACCACAUUACAUACCCAGUGGCCCUCUCAUUGCCAUAUUGUUCUUCCCUCCCCAGCAAGCAUCUCCCUUGGAGAGUUCGGACGAGGAAGACACGACGAGACAA